GUAAAUACCAAAGGCUGUGGGGCUGGGCGCAUUUUGGCAGCACUGCCGAGACGCUUCACACGAUUGGACGAUACAGUUGCUAAAAGCAACACGAGAUAUCGCACCGAUGCGGCAAAACAAGCCACGCUGCAGCCUCUUCACCUGCACCCUCACCAUCGUGGGCGCGCUGCUCCUCACGACGACCCUGCUCUCGCACAACUACGCGACGCAGCAGCACCACCAGAUCCCGCGGCCGCACGCGCUGCGCGGCCCCGCCUCGCACCUGGCGGCGCUGCGCGACGCGCGGGACGCGGCGGCGGCGGCGGCGCGCGGCGCGGCGGCCGCGGCGCUCGUCGACGCGGUCGCCGUCACGAGGCCGCCGACGCCCGAGGGCGAGGCGGCGCGCGCGGCGCGGGCGGCGGCCGAAACGCUGGCGGCCGAGGCCGCGGCGGCCGAGCGGCGCGAGGCCGAAGCCGCGGCCGCGCGGGCGGCAGAAGCCGCCGCGCGGGAAGCGGAAGCCGCGCGCGAGGCGGCGGCGGCCAAAGCAGCCGCCGCGCGCGAGGCCGCCGCGGCCCAAGCAGCCGCCGCGCGGCUCGCGGCCGAGGUCGCGGAGCCCAUCGACGAGUCGUACCACGUCGUCUUCUCGUCGCGACGCGGCGUCCUUUUUUUGUGGGGGGGGUCUUCCAGUGGCGGGUCGCGGCGAUGGCGUGCCGGUGGGGUAGAAGUGCUCGCGAUGCCGCGCCAUCGUCGCGGCCAUCGUGUGCUGGCGCGCCUCGGGAGAGGCCUUCGCGCCGCACACCGGGAAGGGGAAAAAAAAAACUCACAGAAAAAACAAACACAGGACGGGCUGCAGCGAGUUCCAGGACUGGCAGUCCAUCGGCGUCUUCUCGUCGGCCGACGCGGUGGGCCAGCGCGGCGUCAUCACGCGCAUCGCGAGCGGCUGCCGGCCCGGGCAGGAGGCGAGCAUCCGGCACGCCAUGUCGCACCUGCCGGCGCGCUGCCGCGUCUUCUUCGCGCCCGACACGGACGUCAAGGACCACGCCGGCCGCUACUACAAGUACGCGAACAAGCCGCUGGGCAUGAUGAAGUGGCUCCAGGCCGGCAGCGUGCCGCCGACGGCGACGGUCGCGCUCAUCGACCCCGACUUCUUCUUCCUGCGGCCGCUCUGGCGCGGCCCGGCGUCCGCGAUCGUCGCGUCGACGGCGUAGCGGUGUGUGUGGGUCUGCGUUGUCUCGGUGGUCGCGUCGCGCGUACAAUCGUCGCGUCGGCGGCGCCGGCUCAGCGGUCACACUCAGGCACGACAGCUUCGACGCGGACGACGCGACGUUCGCGUCCGGCGCGGCGAAGAAGACGCCCAUGCCGCGGCCGCUGCGGCCGGGGACGAUGAUCGCGCAGCGCUACGGCAUCGGCGGCAAGCCCUGGACGAGCGCACCCGGCCGCAACGGCCAGCUCGCCUGGAAGCUGCGCGACUAUUUCACGUCGAUCGGCCGGCCAGACUCGCCCGCGAACGCGCCGGACCUCAACGAGCGCAGCGCCGACGCCUUCUACUCCAUCGGCGCGCCCUACAUCGCCCUCGCGUCGGACUGGCUGCCCAUCGCGACGAACUGGACGGGCCUCAUGCCCAUGGCCGUCGCGCGGAACUUCGGGAACCUCGCGGAGAUGUACGCCAUGGUCAUCGCGGUCGCGGACCUGGGCAUCCGGCCCGCGACGGUCGACUCGCUCAUGGUGAGCAACGUCGGCGCCGGCGGCGAGGGUUGGCCCUUCGUCGACCGGCUGCCGCCGGAGCGCGCGUGCGACCCGACGCUGCUCGACGACGAGGCCCACCGGCUGCCCUUCUUCCUGCACUACUGCCAGCGCUACGAGCACGUCGAGAAGCCGCCGUACGACGAGUCGAACUGGAUCUACUCGAAGUACCAGGUGCCCGACGAGAUCCUGCACUGCCCGGCCGGGACGCACGACCUCGAGGGCGAGCGCCCGAAGAAGAAGGCCUCGCGGCAGCGCAUGCGCCUCGACGCGGACGGCUUCCUGCCGGAGCCGUCCGCGACGGUCGACGCCGCAGUGCUUACCGGAACGAGCGGCCGCGCGCGCCUGCGCCACGUCUGGGCCUUCUGCGCGGCGACGCGGCGGACGAACCUCGCGGCGCGCGACUACCGGCGCUGGUUCUGCGCGAAGAAUUAAAUUUAGUUGUGGAUUAGUGUUUUUGUCGAAGCCUACGCGUCUGGACAC